GAAUCUGUCGAAGAAAACUUGUUUGAAAAGAUUGAAAGGCUUCUUAAUAUGCGAAACAAACUAAUUUUAUCAAUGCAAAUAAUGCAAAAGCUUGAAACGAUUUUUGAAGCAGAUUUUGCGGAAAUUACUUUGAAAAUAAUAACAGAGACGGAAAGUGAAAAGAAUAUGGAAAAAACUGAGGAAUCACAAUUUCUUUUUUUCAUUAGGCAUGCCCUUCUCGAUUUCGUCGCAAUGUUUAAAAAUCUGUUACCAAAGGUAUUGAAUCGGGAUAUGUCCGAAAGGACGUAUAUAGUUGAAUCUAUUUCACCUAUUUUCCGAUCUUUCAGAAAUGCAUUCCCUGAAAUUAAAUACGAAUGGAUCGAGAAGGAUGUUAGAUCGGUGAAGGAAGCGGGAAGCAUGUUUGCAAUUAAUAGCAAGUCUCGGAAGACUGAUCUCCUAGUUAUAAGGCUCUCUGAUGCAACUGAAAUCUUACAUGUUGAAGUUUCAGGCCCGCCUUUUAAAGCGGAUAAAAAAAACACAAUCGGCGACAUCAAAAAAUUGCUAAUGAUGGCG